UUCACCUCUCCCUUUCUUUUAUCUCUUAGCUCUGCCUAUAAUAUGUUAUUUCAAGUUCAAACUUCUGUGGGGUUAGCUAGAACCUUAAUAUUACAAUCAAAGAUCAAAUGAAGAUGCAAAAAGCUUGGUUCUAUGAAGAGUAUGGUUCCAAGGAAGUUCUCAAGUUAGGGGAUUUCCCACUUCCUGUACCUCAUGAGAACCAGCUAGUUGUCCAAGUCCAGGCUGCUGCUUUGAAUCCUAUUGAUUAUAAGAUGCGCAAACAGCCCAUUAUUCCAAUAGAAUUCCCUGUUAUCCCAGGAUGUGACAUGGCUGGUGUGGUGGUGGCUAAAGGCGAUGGAGUUUCAAAAUUUGAGAUUGGUGACAAGGUUUAUGGAAACAUCCAAGACUUCAAUGCAGAAGGUAAAUUGAAGCGGCUUGGGACGCUGGCAGAGUUCACUUUGGUGGAGGAAACUUUGGUGGCCAUGAAACCAGAGAACAUUUCUUUCGAGGAGGCAGCCAGCUUGCCUUUAGCAGUUCAAACAGCAAUAGAAGGCUUCAAGACUGCAGGUUUUAAAGCUGGUCAGACAGUUUUCAUAGUUGGUGGAGCCGGUGGUGUUGGAACUUUGGUUGUUCAGCUGGCCAAGCAGCUUUAUGGAGCUUCCCAGGUUGUGGCAACAACUAGCACACCGAAGGUGGAGUUUGUCAAGAGCUUGGGUGCCGAUAAGGUUGUUGACUACACAAAGACUGGAUAUGAAGAAGUUCAGGAGAAAUAUGAUCUCCUAUAUGAUACUGUGGGUCACACUUGGAAAUCAUUUGUGGUGGUUAAGGAUGAUGGGGUAAUCAUUGACAUAACCUGGCCUUUAUCGUGUCAGAAAGCAGUUUAUUCAAGCUUGACAGUUUCUGGGGAUAUCUUGGAGAAGCUUGCGCCAUAUUUAGAGAGUGGAAAGCUAAAGCCGGUGAUUGAUCCUACAGGGCCGUAUCAUUUUUCUGAUGUUAUUGAAGCCUUUCGGUAUCUAGAAACUGGGAGAGCGAGAGGAAAGGUUGUAAUUUCCUCCUUCCCCUCACAGCACUUUCCUCCUACUUCUAGCUUCCUGGAUUAUUAGCAAGAAUGAUGCCACACUCCAAAUUGUUUCCUAGAGACAAUAUCUGUGUCUGUGCGCUAAGUUAUGUGCCAAAUCUUGAUCUUAAGAACGUACGAGUAAAACGAAAACUUUUUUUUAUCGAAUAAUGCUAUUGGUACACCUUUGUGUACUUUUUGAGUUACAUAAAAGUAUAUCAAUGACAAAAAAAUCUUUCAUGAGGCGCAUGAGGCAAAUGGUGUUUUGGUCAUAUUAUCCUUUUAUGUAGCCCAAGAUGUACAAAAAUGAUGUACAUGUAGUAUGAUUCUUUCUUACCUAUCUAUUGUUUUCAAGUGUUGUGCAAGUAUAUCUUUAAAUUAUAUCGAUCAAAUAAUUGUAUCCCCAUAUCUAGUUUGCCACGAUGAUGUAUUAAUUAGAAGUA